CAGUGAAAGGUGCAAUACUACAAUUUAUUUUGUGGUAGUGUGUUAUUAUGGUUGAAAUGUCAUUAUUUUUUGGUUAGCAAUCUUUAAUCGCGGUAGAAUCGCAGAGCGCGGCUGGUGGUUGCGGGCUGGUAUAUAUGAUUGCCCAUUGGUUCCUACCGCAGUAGCCACUAUCAUAGUAUCAAAUACUACAAAAUAUAUUUUUUUUCUUUUUAUUUGGUCAUAACUACUAACUAGAGAGUCACUAGUGUGUUCUCGCCGUUGUCGGAGACCGGAGUUCAUAUCCCGCGUAAACCAUAUUUUACCCAUUGUCAUUGAAAACAGUGUAGAACGUGAGACGUUCUGUGCAAUUUCUCAAACAUUCUUCUAGCCGUAAUUCGGCACGAUGGCUACCAUUACCAACGAGUCUGAUUCUUCGCGAGAAAACACGAACAAUGAAGAAAACGAUAAUAAAGAUGAACAGAAUAACAUAUUUGAAUGUAACAUAUGCUUGGAUAAUGCAAAGGAUGCUGUUGUCAGUGUCUGUGGUCAUUUAUUUUGCUGGCCAUGUUUGCAUCAAUGGAUAGUAACUCUAUCAAGUCAUCAAGUAUUAUGCCCCGUAUGUAAAGCUGCAUUAAAUAAAGAUAAAAUAAUACCAAUUUAUGGACAUGGAAAUUCUAAACAAGAAGAUCCCAGAAAUAAAGUGCCACCUAGGCCUGCUGGUCAAAGAACUGAACUUGAACCUAGUUCUGCUUUCUCGAGUUUUUUUUUUGGUGAUAGCCAAGGUUUCCAUUUAUCGUUUGGAAUAGGAUCAUUUCCUUUUGGAUUUUCAACAUCACUUAAUGUUACUGAUCGUCCGCAAGAAGUUGCUAAUCAACUACAUCAAGAUGAUCAAUACUUAUCAAAACUUUUCUUAUGGAUUGCAGUAAUAUGUAUUAUUUGGCUAAUGGUGGCAUAAUUUAUUCUAAGAGUACGUUUUUUUUAAUUUUAAUUAUUAUUAUUAUUUUACCAUUCAUUUAACUACAAUAAGCACUACAUGAGGGCUUAAUUUUAUAUAUUAUUUUUAUUCACUUUAUUGGCUAUAUAAGUUUCAAAUAUACUUCAAUUUUUAUUGUAUGGCGCCGAGUCUAAAAUUUUUAACUAA